AGGGAGAGAGUGAUUAAUUUGGAGAGCAGGGAUUGGAGACCGGAGGCUGGGGAAAGCCGGCCCCUCCGUUCCCACUCUCCUGGCUCGCUGCAAGCAGCACUUUCUCAGCCAGGGAAGGGCUGGGGAAUUCCUGCGAAAAACCACGAGCCGGAGGAGCCGCCGCCGCGCGGGCCCAGGUACCCCCGCCCCAUACGGCGCUAAGGGUCGAGCGCAGGGUGGGUGUUCGGCUGUCGGGCCGGAGGCAGGGGAAGGCGUGGGAGGCCAGCUGAGGAAGGCAGUUUCCAGGUUAACUAAACUCUCAGCUUUAAACCAAAAGUAAGAGGAGACAUUAAGAUUUUCAUUCUUUCUGGGUUGUCUCCUUCCUGAAGAGCAAUGGAAACACUUUUACCUAGAAGAGGAGUAAUCAUAUCUCUAAUUUUCUUCCUGUUAAAAUUCUCAACAGCAAUUGAAAUACCACCCUCAGUUCAACAGGUUCCAACAAUCAUAAAACAGUCAAAAGUCCAAGUUGCCUUUCCCUUCGACGAGUAUUUUCAAAUUGAAUGUGAGGCUAAAGGGAAUCCAGAACCAAUAUUUACGUGGACUAAGGAUGACAACCCUUUUUAUUUCACUGACCCUCGGAUAAUUACAUCUAACAAUUCAGGAACAUUCAGGAUCCCAAAUGAGGGACACAUAUCUCACUUUCAAGGGAAAUAUCGCUGCUUUGCUUCUAAUAAACUGGGAAUUGCUAUGUCAGAAGAAAUCGAAUUUAUAGUUCCAAGUGUUCCAAAAUUCCCAAAAGAAAAUAUUGACCCUCUUGAAGUGGAGGAGGGAGAUCCAAUUGUCCUCCCAUGCAAUCCUCCCAAAGGCCUCCCACCUUUACACAUUUAUUGGAUGAAUAUUGAAUUGGAACACAUCGAACAAGAUGAAAGAGUAUACAUGAGCCAAAAGGGAGAUCUAUACUUCGCAAACGUGGAAGAAAAAGACAGUCGGAAUGAUUACUGUUGCUUUGCUGCAUUUCCAAGAUUAAGGACUAUUGUACAGAAAAUGCCAAUGAAACUAACAGUUAACAGUUUAAAGCAUGCUAAUGACUCAAGUUCAUCCACAGAAAUUGGUUCCAAGGCAAAUUCAAUCAAGCAAAGAAAACCCAGACUGCUGUUGCCUCCCACUGAGAGUGGCAGUGAGUCUUCAAUUACCAUCCUCAAAGGGGAAACCUUGCUGCUUGAGUGUUUUGCUGAAGGCUUGCCAACUCCACAGGUUGAUUGGAACAAAAUUGGUGGUGACUUACCAAAGGGGAGAGAAACAAAAGAAAAUUAUGGCAAGACUUUGAAGAUAGAGAAUGUCUCCUACCAGGACAAAGGAAAUUAUCGCUGCACAGCCAGCAAUUUUUUGGGAACGGCCACUCAUGAUUUUCAUGUUAUAGUAGAAGAGCCUCCUCGAUGGACAAAGAAGCCUCAGAGUGCUGUGUAUAGCACCGGGAGCAAUGGCAUCUUGUUAUGUGAGGCUGAAGGAGAACCUCAACCCACAAUCAAGUGGAGAGUCAAUGGCUCCCCAAUUGACAAUCAUCCAUUUGCUGGUGAUGUUGUCUUCCCCAGGGAAGUCAGUUUUACCAACCUACAACCGAAUCACACUGCUGUGUACCAGUGUGAAGCCUCAAAUGUCCACGGAACUAUCCUUGCCAACGCCAAUAUCAAUAUUGUGGAUGUCCGUCCAUUGAUACAAACCGAAGAUGAAGAAAAUUAUGCUACAGUGGUUGGCUACAGUGCUUUCUUACAUUGCGAGUUCUUUGCUUCACCUGAGGCAAUUGUGUCCUGGCAGAAGGUAGAAGAAGCGAAACCCCUGGAGGGCAGGCGGUAUCAUAUCUACGAAAAUGGCACAUUGCAGAUCAACAGAACCACUGAAGAAGAUGCUGGGUCAUACUCAUGUUGGGUAGAAAAUUCUAUAGGAAAAACUGCAGUCACAGCCAAUUUGGAUAUUAGAAAUGCUACAAAACUUAGAGUUUCUCCCAAGAAUCCUCGAAUCCCCAAAUUGCAUAUGCUCGAAUUACAUUGUGAGAGCAAAUGUGACGCACAUUUGAAACACAGUUUGAAGUUGUCCUGGAGUAAAGAUGGAGAAGCCUUUGAAAUUAAUGGCACAGAAGAUGGCAGGAUAAUUAUUGAUGGAGCUAAUUUGACCAUAUCUAACAUAACUUUAGAGGACCAAGGUAUUUACUGCUGUUCAGCUCACACUGAUCUGGAUAGUGCUGCUGACAUAACUCAAGUCACUGUCCUUGAUGUUCCGGAUCCACCAGAAAACCUUCACUUGUCUGAAAGACAGAACAGGAGUGUUCGGCUGACCUGGGAAGCUGGAGAUGACCACAAUAGCAAUAUUAGCGAGUAUAUUGUUGAAUUUGAAGGAAACAAAGAAGAGCCUGGAAGAUGGGAGGAACUGACUAGAGUCCAAGGGAAAAAAACCACAGUCAUCUUACCUUUGGCUCCGUUUGUGAGAUACCAGUUCAGGGUCAUAGCCAUGAAUGAAGUAGGAAGAAGUCAACCUAGCCAGCCAUCAGACCAUCAUGAAACACCACCAGCAGCUCCAGAUAGGAAUCCACAAAACAUAAGGGUUCAAGCCUCUCAACCCAAGGAAAUGAUUAUAAAGUGGGAGCCUUUGAAAUCCAUGGAGCAGAAUGGACCAGGCCUAGAGUACAGAGUGACUUGGAAGCCACAGGGAGCCCCAGUGGAGUGGGAAGAAGAAACAGUCACAAACCAUACAUUGCGGGUGAUGACGCCUGCUGUCUAUGCCCCUUAUGAUGUCAAAGUUCAGGCUAUCAAUCAACUAGGAUCUGGGCCUGAUCCUCAGUCAGUGACUCUCUAUUCUGGAGAAGACUAUCCUGAUACAGCUCCAGUGAUCCAUGGGGUGGACGUUAUAAACAGUACAUUAGUUAAGGUUACCUGGUCAACAAUUCCAAAGGACAGAGUACAUGGACGUCUGAAAGGCUACCAGAUAAAUUGGUGGAAAACAAAAAGUCUGUUGGAUGGAAGAACACAUCCCAAAGAAGUGAACGUUCUAAAAUUUUCAGGACAAAGAAACUCUGGAAUGGUUCCCUCCUUAGAUGCCUUUAGUGAAUUUCACUUAACAGUCUUAGCCUACAACUCUAAAGGAGCUGGUCCUGAAAGUGAGCCUUAUAUAUUUCAAACGCCAGAAGGAGUACCUGAACAGCCAACUUUUCUCAAGGUCAUCAAAGUUGAUAAAGAUACGGCCACUUUAUCCUGGGGACUACCUAAGAAAUUAAAUGGAAAAUUAACUGGCUAUCUUUUGCAGUAUCAGAUAAUAAAUGACACCUACGAGAUUGGAGAAUUAAAUGAUAUCAACAUUACAACUCCAUCAAAGCCCAGCUGGCAUCUCUCAAACCUCAAUGCAACUACCAGGUACAAAUUCUACUUGAGGGCUUGCACUUCAAAGGGUUGUGGAAAACCGAUCACUGAGGAAAGCUCCACCUUAGGAGAAGGGAGUAAAGGUAUCGGGAAGAUAUCAGAAGGAGUAAAUCUUACUCAAAAGACUCACCCAAUAGAGGUAUUUGAGCCGGGAGCUGAACAUAUAGUUCGCCUCAUGACAAAGAAUUGGGGUGAUAACGAUAGCAUUUUUCAAGAUGUAAUUGAGACAAGAGGGAGAGAAUAUGCUGGUUUAUAUGAUGACAUCUCCACUCAAGGCUGGUUUAUUGGAUUGAUGUGUGCGAUUGCUCUUCUCACACUAGUAUUGUUAACUGUUUGCUUUGUGAAGAGGAACAGAGGUGGAAAGUACUCAGUUAAAGAAAAGGAAGAUUUGCAUCCAGAUCCAGAAAUUCAGUCAGUAAAAGAUGAAACCUUUGGUGAAUACAGUGACAGUGAUGAAAAACCUCUCAAAGGAAGCCUUCGGUCCAUUAAUAGGGAUAUGCAGCCUACUGAAAGUGCUGACAGCUUAGUCGAAUACGGAGAGGGAGACCAUGGUCUAUUCAAUGAAGAUGGAUCAUUUAUUGGUGCUUAUGCUGGAUCUAAGGAGAAGGGAUCUGUUGAAAGCAAUGGAAGUUCUACAGCAACUUUUCCACUUCGGGCAUAAACACAAUGCAUGUAAGCAACACUACUGGUUCACUCCAAUCUUCCAUAUUUAUCUGUUCAAGGGAGCAAGAACUUUCAUAUAGGAAUAGAAACAUGUUGGCCGAAGAUUUCAUCCAGAAUUAAUAUCCUGCAAUUAUGUUGAAAAAAAAAAAAUAGCACUGCCUUCAAAAUAUAAAAUGCCAAGUACUUCAGGCCUGUUUUGUUUUUGUUUUCAGGUGCUCAAAAUGCAAAACACAAAACAAAUCCUGUAUUUAGAUACACCUCAACUAAAUCCAAAGUCCCCAUUCAGUAUACAACAUAUUUGCCUGAUUUUACCAUUCAGUGUGCUUGCAUAGAUGUUGCUACCUUGCGGGGUUUUCUCGGUACGCACAUUGGUAUUCAGUCUUUGAGAACUGGCUUGGUGGCUUUGCUUCACUACAGGUUAAAAAACUAUAGGCAAACUGGUUAUUUAAAAUGUAAAAAGGAAUAUGAAUGUCUUAUUAAAAUACUUCAUUGAAUAUAUACUGUCUAAAUUUAUUAUUUAAAUUUUAGUAGCAAAAGUCAUAGGUGAAUAAUCAACUAGUAUUUAUUGUGCUCCUAUUUGCCCAGAGAUGGUCAUAUUUAAACAGACUUAUAACUUCUUCAGUUUCAACAUGAUUUUUUAAAAAUUUCUGUCAGUUUUGACAUCCACAAGCAUCACUUUUUAUGUCUGUGGUUCUUUUCCUUGGACUAAAUUCAAUUGCAAAGGAAGCAGUGGUCAAAAGCUUGUUUUACACAAGAACAGGCAGAAAGUGCCCAUUGUUCUGGAUUCUAACAGCUACAUCUACUUAAUAUCUUCAUUUCUAAAUUGACUGUUUUUACCUUUUUUCUAUGUUUAUAUAAUGAUAUGCUUGCAUAUAUUUCAUGAAUACAUUGUACAUAUUAUGUUAAUAUUUACACAAUUUAAAAUACAGAUGUGUUUUAUUUUGAAGUGAGAAAAGGAACAUUAACAGGCAUGUUUGUACAGCUCAAAUAUAUGAGUAAGAUACUGUUUUUCAUCAUUCCAGAGUUAAAACUAAUAACACGAGGCUCCAAAACUGAAGACUUUGUAUAAAGCAUUUGAAUUUUGUUCUUAUAUUGCUUUUUUUCAACAGUUUCAAAAUAAAGUAUCAUAUAAAUAUUGAGGGAAAUGUUUUCAUAUUUUUCAAAAUAGGUUUUUAUUGUUGAAUGUACAUCUACCCCAGCCCCUCAAAAAAAAACCUGUUUACAUAGAAAUUCCUACACAUGUUUGCAUAUAUGGCAUUUUAGACAUCUUUGUGGUGAGAAUUUUUCCCCUAUAUUCUCCUUUUGUCAAAGUCAGUACAAAUUCAGGGAAUUUAUUUUCUAGCAGUUGUGAUACAGUCCUUUUACAACUCUACACGAACACGUUUUAAAAACAAUAUGGAGGACGAUGUAUACAUGUCAGUCAAGUUCAACAUUCGACUUGACAUUUUAUGGAAACAGUUUUUAACCUUACCCUGAAAUACUUAACUAUGUUUAAGUGAAAUUGACUCACAGAUUUUACUUUAGUUUUUGAACUGUGAUUAUUGGUAUAUUGUUAUAUCCUCAACUUCGAUUUAUGUAACUCCUUAUAUUUCUCGAAGACCAAAAUUUGGGGUACUUAACAUGGUCAGUGCAGGAAUGCACAUGGAAUAUCUACCUGUUCUUUUGAACCUAAUGUAUCCUCCAAAAUGCAUAGACAGGAAAAGAAUGUCUUCUUUAAAACUAUAAUUUAUGGGCUCAGGAUUUGAUGACACUCCUGGCAGUUAAACAUUUCAAAGGGGGUGCCUACCCCAUGUGAGUGUAAGGAUCUACACAUUCAUCAGUGCAACUCCAGCUCCAUCCUCCUCUGAUGUCUAAGGUUCAGAUUUUCUGGAGGAAUAGUUACCAUGGUUUGAUUUUUCUGGGAGAAAGUUGUGGUGCUCAGCUACUGAGGAGGGCAAGGUUGUGACAUUCAGGUUUAAUUCUGGCACUAUUCUAUCUCCUCUUCUUUGUCAUCAGCCAAAAUAUGGUUUUUAAAGUCAUGCAGGUUAGAAACAAUGUCAAAAAAUUAGGAAUUUAAUAAUCUUUAAGUCAAGUUAAACACUGAAAUAUUUGCACUUUCUACACUUCAUGUUCCCCUUUAGCUGCCUGAAAAUCAAGACUGUUCCCACUCAGAUUUUCUGAGUGGCUAAAAUUUAUGAAUCUGAAAAAUGAGGUUUAAUAAUGACUGUUUUGCUAUCACAAUUACCUUUCCUCAAUACUAUUUGGCUACUACUGGGACUCUUCAGCACAGAAAGAAUAGGUCUAUGAUUAUCCCUGAUAUUUUUUUUUUGAGACGGAGUUUCACUCUUGUUACCUAGGCUGGAGUGCAAUGGCGCGAUCUGGGCUCACCGCAACCUCCACCUCCUGGGUUCAGGCAAUUCUCCUGCCUCAGCCUCCAGAGUAGCCGGGAUUACAGGCACGCGCCACCACGACCAGCUAAUUUUUUUUUUUUUUUUUGUAUUUUUAGUAGAGACAGGGUUUCACCAUGUUGACCAGGAUGGGUUCGAUUUCUUGACCUCGUGAUCCACCCACCUCGGCCUCCCAAAGUGCUGGGAUUACAGGCUUGAGCCACCGCGCCCGGCCUAUCCCUGAUUUUAAUUGUGAAAUUAUAUGUGUAUUUUAUGAAUCAGAAUAAGCUUCAAAUAAAAUAAAUCCAAGUAGGUUCAAAUGCAUUUCAUUACUUUCCCUCAGAAAAUGAGUAACGGAGUCCACAAUGUGCAAUGGUAAUUAUAAAUUGGUGAGGAUUGUUUGCAAAAUGCCCACUAGCGAUAAGGCAACAGCCAACAUUUAGAAUUUUGUUCUUAACUGGCUUUACACUAACUUUCUCUAGUCUACUGUCAAUAUUAUUUUAAUGUAAUUGAUUGUAUAUAGUCUCAAGGAUGGUUGGUGGGCAUGAGUUCCUAGAGAACUGUCCAAGGGUUGGGAAAAUCCAAGUUCUCUUCCUGGUUCCAGCACUGAUUUUGUACAUAAACAUGAGGCAGGUUGCUUAACCUUUUUGUUUCAAACUCUCAACUCUAAAGUGCUAGUAAUAAUCUCAGUUACCUUAUCUUUGUCACAGGGUGUUCUUUUUUAUGAAGAAAAAUUUGAAAAUGAUAAAAGCUAAGAUGCCUUUUAACUUCAUAAGCAAACCUUUAAUCUAAUUAUGUAUCUAAAAGUCACCCCCACAUACCAACUCAACUUUUUUCCUGUGAACACAUAAAUAUAUUUUUAUAAACAAAUCUACAGAAAAUAAAUCUACUGCUUAGUGAGCAGUAUGAUUUACACAUGCCAUUGAAAAUUAUUAAUCAGAAGAAAAUUAAGCAGGGUCUUUGCUAUACAAAAGUGUUUUCCACUAAUUUUGCAUGUGUAUUUAUAAGAAAAAUGCGAAUUUGGUGGUUUUAUUCUAUUGGUAUAAAGGCAUCGAUAUUUUAGAUGCACCCAUGUUUGUAAAAAUGUAGAGCACAAUGGAAUUAUGCUGGAAGUCUCAAAUAAUAUUUUUUUCCUAUUUUAUACUCAUGGAAGAGAUAAGCUAAAAAGAGGACGAUAAUGAGAAAUGUUGGUGAGGUUUUUUAAGCAUUAAAAACAGAAUUGCCAAUUGAAACCCUAAGUGUGUUUACAUACCAUUAAGAUAUGAUUCUUGUAACAAUUUUAAAUUGAUUAUAAUGGGUUUGGGUUUGUUACCUGUAUCUGUGGUAGUAUAUAUCCUAGUGUUCCUAUAGUGAAAUAAGUAGGGUCCAGCCAAAGCUUUCUUUGUUUUGAACCUUAAAUUGUUUGAUUACAUCAUCAAAAGAGAUUAAAGGUACGUAGAACAGGUUCACCUGACUACCUUUUUCUUUUGGCUUGGAUUAAUAUUCAUAGUAGAACUUUAUUAAAAUGUGUUUGUAUUGUAGGUGGUGUUUGUAUUAUGCUUAUGACUAUGUAUGUUUGGAAAUAUUUUCAUUAUACAUGAAAUUCAACUUUCCAAAUAAAAGUUCAACUUCAUGUAAUCUAAAAA